AUGGAUGUGUUCAUGAAGGGCUUGUCGAAGGCAAAGGAAGGGGUUGUCGCUGCGGCAGAGAAGACCAAGGAAGGGGUAGCAGUGGCAGCCGAGAAGACCAAGGAAGGCGUGCUUUAUGUUGGAAGUAAAACUCGGGAAGGUGUGGUGCAAGGUGUGACCUCAGUUGCUGAGAAGACAAAGGAGCAGGCAUCACACUUGGGUGGAGCUGUCUUCUCAGGAGCUGGCAAUAUUGCAGCUGCCACAGGACUGGUCAAGAAAGAAGAAUUUCCCACUGAUGUGAAGCCCGAGGAGGUUGGUCAGGAAGCAGUGGAGGAGCCCCUGAUAGAGCCACUGUUAGAACCUGACAGUGAGAAUUAUGAAGAGCCACCGCAGGAGGAAUAUCAGGAAUAUGAGCCAGAAGCAUAAUGGCCACAGCUGUUCCCGACACUUCCACCAGCAGCACAAUAACAAUAAUUUCUUCUUCCCUAUCCACACCCAUCUCUCCAAAGGAAGGCCUUGAUGCAGAUGGUAAUGGAGAGAACCCCCAUACCCCAUCCUGUCAUGAGUUCUUCCUCCAAUUCUGCUCCAAGAGACCUCAUCAGGAUCAGUGUUUUAUGUAUUGUGGUCUUUAGCGUUAAAGAGAAAGAAUACUGAAGACAAACCCUGACCGCAGUGGUUUGUGUACGUGUGUACAUUUCAAAGCCCAGCCUUACUGCCUGACUCCCUCCCAGUGAAGUAAGGCCAGGCUUCAUGUGUCUGUAAGCAGCAUGUUGUAUCUUCUCUGUUUUUAAACAGAGCAUUCCAUGUCCUUGAUUGGGUCCUUGCACUGGGCCCAUUGUACAUUUGCUUGCACGUGAAUCAUGCCA